UACACAUGUUCAAAAUAAACUUUAUCAUUAUCAGAAAUGGGAAAUGCAAAUCCAAACUGCACCAUAACCCAUUUUUUUAUUUUUAUUUUUAAUUUAUUUUAUUUUCAUAUAGUAAAAAAUAUGCACAUUAAUACAUGUUGGUUAAAAAUUGUGAUGGAUGGUCACCAAAAACCCUCAAGGGGCUUAAACAAGUUGCAACUUCCAGAUUUUAAAGAUUAUUUACAACUACAGGUAAAAAUAUAGAAAAAUAUAUGCAAGCUGCACAAAAGUACAUUUUCUACAAAUAAAAUUCCAUGAUAUACCAAGCUUAGAAAUGUAUCCUAUAUGGAAAAUUGCAAUCACUCAGGAGCUGAGUUUUCACAGCUUUUUCAAACUGAAUUUGUAGAAGCUCCAUAGGAAGAGCUGGCAGAUUCUUCCAUAUUUUCCAUACAAUCCAUCUCUUAUGUCUGUGACUGCUCUGACUGUGUUUCCUCUAGUGUCGAUUCUGAAGAAGUUUAAGUGUUGUGCAGAUCUGGACGUCCUCGGUUUCGAAAGGUUUUUGAAGACCAGGUUUCCGAGGCUCAGAGAGAGACCGUAUGAGUUUCUCAUCUGCAACAGCCAGAGUGACCUGGUCCCACUGAGGGUGGACCAAGAGACCUCACAGAACAUGUACAGAGCCCUCAGAUCUACAACCCUCUACAUCAGAUUCAAGGUACCUCCUGUGUUCACACGGAAAAGAAAACGGAGAAGUGCUGCUUUGAUAGCAGGGCAACUAAGGAGGUCUGCCGCAAAACUGAAAAAGCCAAAGGAUGAAAUAAGCCUGGACGAUGCUAAUGAUGAAGGUGCUGUUGAGUCAAUGAUUCCUCCCGAGAACAAUCCUGACAGCAAUGGGGACAACGGUGAUGACGGCACAAACAUGGAGAAGCAUGAAGAGGACUGGGAUGAACAGAUGGUACCGAGAAAUGACCAUAAUGUGACCAGUGACACUAUAGAGACGGUGACGGUGAUGGAGAUGGAGAUGGGCCAAACCUCAGACAUGGACACUCAGAGCCUGGUGGGUCUGUCCUGCAAAGUGUGUGGUAUUCUGCAUAGGAAGAAGAGUCUGCUGACCAAACACGCCUUGAGCCACAUUGACGACCCACGGACCAUGUGCGGCGUCUGCGGGUUGUACUUCCCCUCCGCCGAGACGCUGAGGACACACCUGCUGGGCCAUCAGACCAUCCACAUCUGCGACACCUGUGGGAAGUCGUUCGUCACAAUCAACGGUCUGCAGAAACACAGCAUUUCACACACAGCGCAGCGGCCGCACACCUGCUACAUCUGCCACAAAACCUUCGCCCUGGAGUCGGUGAUGAAGACUCACCUGCGCUUCCACGACAAGCACAAACCCGCCAGGUGCAAGUUCUGCCACAAGGCGUUCACCACCCAAUCGCAGCUCAAGAGUCACAGUAUGGUGCAUACCAGCGAACGGCCGUACAUGUGCAUCGUGUGCGGGAGGGCGCUGAAGAGUGUGAACUCGUUAGCCGCGCACAUCAGAAUCCACACACGACAUGGGAUGGUUGACAAGACCUGCAAAGUGUGUAGCAUGAAGUUUUAUUCCCUGGAACAUUUGAACACUCAUAUGAAAACCCACAAGAUGUAGGAAGUGGAAGAGAAAGCCAGUGUACCUCAGUGCCUUAACAGGACCCAGGACAUUAACCCUUAAAGACCCAAAUAAAGACCCAAACAGCCACCAACAACCAAAAGCAUCUACUGAUGUUCAUGUUUAAUACCUGUUGGUCCACUAAUCCUAUCAUGUAUCCUAUCCUAUCCAUGUAAACAAUUGGCGUAAAAUGCAGUUUGUUAAAGCCUUGUACUAAAACAGCUUUGCUCUUUGGGUAACUUCCCCAUUCACAACAGCAGAAUGGUGAAUACUGUAUGUAGGCCCAAAAUGAACUCUUCUGUAUUUAGGUAGAUAAUGGGUCGUGCACAUUAUUUGUGAAGGCUAUCAGUGCUAGGCUAACUUAGCUACUUUAGUUAUUAUUAUUAACCCACAAAGGCCCAAACAACCACUGUCAACCAAAAGCAUCUACUGAUAUUAAUGUUUAAUAUCUGUUUAUCCACUAAUUCUGUCAGUCCAUGUAAAUAAUU